AAGUUAGAUGGAUUCAAAUCAUCAAAUCAAGUGUAGCAACCGUUUGGUUUGUUUCGAUCGAAUGGAAAUGGUUUCGCAUGUUUUCCAUAACCACAAUCAACAGAUAAUGCAAAAGCGCCAAAUUUUCAUAUAUAUAAAAUAUUAAGACAUUGUAAAUUUUACCAGUGUGUUUGUGAUUGUAUUUGUAAAUUAAUUUUAUUCAUCAUUCAUUCAUCAUAAUCAUUUGUGACUGUCAUCAAACAACUAUGAAAGCCAUUCGAUCAUUAAUUCUAUUGUGUCUUGUCAGUGGAAUGAUAUCCAUUCCAGCUGAAUCUGCACGUCGAUCUGGUCAACGAAAAUUAAGACAACAGAGACAACAUUUAACAACAACUUCAUCAACAAUAAAGCCUGAUUCUGAUGUCCAUUGGAAUGAUGGUCAAUUUGCAGCUUUAUCACAACAUCAACAUCAUAUGGAAUCGUUUGCUGAAGAUGAUGAAUAUUUUGAUGAUCUUAAACCGGCCGGUCAUUCAUGUGAAGAUAUUCGUAUUGAAAUAUGUCAUGAUGUUGGCUACAAUGUAACUUCAAUGCCUAAUUUCGUAGGCCAUGAACUGCAAUCAGAUGCUGAACUUCAGCUACAAAGUUUUAUUCCAUUAAUCUCUUAUGGUUGUUCAUCACAAUUGAAAUUCUUUCUAUGCUCAGUCUAUGUUCCAAUGUGUACGGAAAAAGUACCAGUUAUGAUUGGGCCAUGUCGUCCAUUAUGUGAAAGUGUACGAUCUCGUUGUGCUCCGGUUUUGUCCGAACUUGGUUUUCAAUGGCCAUCUGCAUUGAAUUGUUCGAAAUUUGUGCCAGAAAAUACAAUCGAUCACAUGUGUAUGGAAGGACCACCACCGCAUGAAUCAGAAUUAAUGGUACCGAAUAAAGCACCAACUAUUAAAAAUGUUCUUGCACACAAUUCAAUUGUUGCUCAGCCACCACAUAUUAAUCAUGUUAAUCACAACAUCAACAACAAUCGACAACCACAUCCAUCAGUUCAUCUAUUGAUACCUGGUGGUUCUCGUCAUCAUCAUAUAACACCUUCACCGCCUCAACUACCACCAUCUAUUCAUCAUCAUAAUUAUGGAGAUUUGAUCUAUGGACCAGCAGCCGAUAUUAAUAAUCGUAAUCGUAACAAACCACAUCCAAAACAAACAACCGAAAUUAUCAUGACAAAUGUUAUUGAUACACCACAAGACAAACGAACACCGUCAUCAACAAGUGGAUCUAAUCAAUGUUGGCAAUAUCGACUAUCAGAAAAUUAUGUUUUCCUGGAACAUCCUCGUGGUCGUUGUGUAGCACGAUGUGAAUCGGAUGUUCUGUUCACUGAAGAGAAUAAAAAUUUUGUAGAUUAUUGGACAGUCGUAUGGGCAUGUUUAUCGUUGGCUAGUUGUCUAUUCACAUUGAUUGCAUUUAUGACUGGAUCUACAGAUCGAUUUCAUUAUCCAGAACGAGCCAUAUUCUACAUAGCAUUCUGUUCAAUGAUCUAUGCAUUGGCCUAUAUAUAUCGUGCAUUAGUUGGAAGAAUGGCCGCAUCUUGUUAUCAGGAAGGUCCCGAUAAACAACAAUUGUUGCUUGUUCAAGAAGGAGCUCAUAAUCCACAUUGUACAUUCUCGUUUUUAAUGCUUUACUAUUUUGGCAUGGCUGGUUCAGCUUGGUGGCUUGUUUUGGCCAUAACAUGGUCAUUAUCGGUAGCGUUUUCCUGGUCACAACAACGUUUAUCUUACCAUAGCCAACUUUAUCAUUCGUUAGCUUGGACAUUACCAGCAUUACAAACAUUGGCAGCAUUGGUCAUGCGAGCUGUUGAUGCUGAUGAACUGACCGGUAUAUGUUAUGUAGGAUCACAAGAUGAUAACAAUCUAUUAAGAUUUGUCAUUAUACCGAUGGCUAUCUAUUUGACUACUGGUAUUUUAUUUAUCAUCAUAUCAUUCAUAUCUGUUCGAUUCAAUGCUAAUACCAUCAAUGAAUCCGACACUAAUGUACCUUGUUGUCAUUGUUGUAUCAGUGGUGCUGGUAGUGAUGAAGAGAAUAGCAGUAAUAGCGAUAGUAGCAAUGUAGAUGCCGAAACUGAUCAUCAAUCAAGCCUUUCACAAUCGGAUGCCGCAUCUAUUGGUUGUGGAGAUUUUUGUCGUCGUUUAUGCAGAAAUUAUGGCCGUUAUAGCCAAAAUAAUGGUCAUCAUCAUGGACUUGGAAGAGUUGGGGCUACUGCUCAGGCUGGUUCCGGACAUUCAUUGUUACUGUUACCAUCUUCGAAUCGACAUCAUCAUCACCAUCGACGUCAAACGUCAAAUAAUUUCUGCUCUGCAACCGUUUCAUCAUCAACAUCAUCAUAUUCAUCAUCCACAAUGUCGACUUCGCAUCAUCAUAAUAAUAACUCUAUCUCAAAAGAUAAACACUGUAUCAAUACUAAUGGUAAUGGCCUUUGGUCAAAUCAUACACAUGCUGCUGUUCCAAACGCUAAUCAAAAUCGUACCAUCAAUUUGCGAGCUAAUCCAAAUUUAGCGUCAUAUCCAUCUCAUCAACAGAGAGCUGCAGCAGCAACAAUGGCUAUUAAUGAUGCUUUUGAUUAUGAUGGCCAUGACGAUUCCAAUGGCCAUUAUAAUGACGAUGCUGCUCUUAUCCGUAGCGGAAUAUUUGCAUUGUUUUACACACUUCCGGCUUUGUGUGUCUUAUCUACUUACAUCUAUGAAUAUCUGUAUCGACAGCAAUGGCUUUCAAGACAAACCGAUACUACUGCCAUCAUUACGUCCACAUCUACAAAUAUGAUAAAUGCACCACCAAUGAUUGAAUCCCUAGAAUCAAAUCGUCCUAAUUUUGAAAUAUUCAACAUGCGUCUUUUUAUGUCGCUUGUAAUCGGUAUCAAGACAGGUAUAUGGAUUCUGACAGCCAGAUCUCCCAUAACCGCUUUAAGAUGUGUAAUAACUCGUUGUAUGACGAAAAAAGUAUUUCCAGUGACUACAAUUCAUGGUCAUCCUCAUAACCAUCAUAAUAAUCAGAUGUCAAGAACAUUGCCUCAACAACAGAUAAUACAAAAUCCAACAGUACAGUUAGCACAACAAUCUCAAGUUCUUUAUAACGAAAAUCAAGCCAUAAUGAAUCAACAUCCACAUCAACAACAUCAAUUGAAUAUUGAUUCAAAAAUAACACCUUCUUUGGAGCAUACAAAUAUUGGCCAUCCGCAUCAUAAUCAACAUCAUCAGGCGAAUCAUUUUUUCUUUAUGAACGAUAUGCAUUUAGCGGCCAAAGCUCAGCCUACUAUCAUUAAUAACGUCAACAAUGAGACAACAUUUUUUUGUGGUAUUGCCAAUAACAACAAUAUUAACAACAACAAUGGAUCAACUACAAUGUCGACGACAAUCAGUUCGAAAAUAUCAUCCACACAUCAUCCGGAUCAUAUACAGCAACAACAACAACAACAACAACAACAAUUAGCCGAUAUUCUUCAUAAUCGUAUUGGGGGAAAUAAUGGUGGUGGGAAUGAAACUGCAGUCUAAAUAGAUAGCUAGAAUAAAAUACAAAACAACAAAUAUCUAGCACAAGACACAAUUCUAAGUCAUUUAUUAAUCAAUUUUUUUUUUCAUUUUCCAAUUUUCAUUUGUUUUUCAUAAAUUUUUUUUUCUGUUUGAUUA